ACGGCGCGUGCGUACCCCAGCGCUGGCGCUGGGCACAUUGCCCGCGGGAAGCCGGCCAGGGCCACAGAACACGAGACACCAAUGGCCAAGGCGGGAAAAGACUCACGCAUGCGCGGCUCAGCGUUCCGGGCUCGCCGGGUUGGGGAAAGGGAGGUGGAGUUUCCAACAGGGAACUUGACCCGUUAGCUGCUGCAGCCAUGGCGGCGCGUUCGCCUCCCUCACCGUACCCUACGCCCCCAGCGCGACAGUUGGGCCCCAGGUCCCCACGUGUUGGGCGGGGAGCUGAGGUACACGCAGUGCGCAGCGAGGCCUCGGGUUUUGCCGGCGCAGCACGGGAGGUGGUCGCGGACAAAAGUGAUAAAAUCUGGCUGGGCGAAGAAGGGUCAGGGGGCCGGCGAGGGCCUGGUGGGGCAGCUCCGGCUCAUGCUCCCCUCCUCAGCGCGCCCAUGGGGUCCAGACGGCUAGAGGGCAUCUCGGUAGAGGAGGCGAUGGUGACCCGGACGCAGCUGCUGGAGGAAGAGCUGAGCAGCCUAAAGGAGGAGUUGGCCCUGUGUCAGGCUGAUAAAGAAUUUGUAUGGUCUUUGUGGAAACGUCUCCAGGUGACAAACCCAGAUCUCACACAAGUGGUCAGUUUGGUUGUGGAAAGAGAAAAACAGAAAUCUGAAGGUAAAGACAGAAAAGUUCUAGAAAUUCUGCAAGUCAAGGAUGCCAAAAUACAAGAAUUUGAACAGAGAGAAUCAGUACUGAAACAGGAAAUAAAUGACCUUGUAAAACGGAAAAUUGCAGUAGAUGAAGAAAAUGCUUUCUUAAGGAAAGAAUUCAGUGAGUUGGAGAAGAAAUUUAAAGAUAAAAGUCAAGAAAUUAAGGACAUUAAAGAGUGUGUACAGAACAAAGAAGAGCAAAAUAGACUAAUUAUAAAAAAUCUGGAGGAGGAAAACAAUAAAUUAAGUACCCGCUGCACUGACCUGCUAAAUGACCUGGAGAAACUGAGGAAGCAGGAAGCACAUUGGAGAAAAGAAAAAUAUAGCACUGAUGCAAAAAUAAAGGCCUUUGAAGACAAUUUAAUUGAAGCAAGGAAAGAAGUUGAAGUAUCACAGAGUAAAUAUAAUGCUCUAUCAUUACAGUUGAGUAAUAAACAGACUGAACUUAUCCAGAAGGAUAUGGAUAUUACCCUGGUCAGGAAGGAACUGCAGGAGCUGCAGAAUCUUUACAAACAGAACAGUACACAUACAGCCCAGCAAGCAGAGCUGAUCCAGCAGCUUCAGGUUCUCAAUAUGGACACACAAAAAGUACUGAGAAAUCAGGAAGAUGUUCACACAGCUGAAAGUAUAUCAUACCAAAAACUUUACAAUGAGUUACAUAUUUGUUUUGAAACCACAAAAUCAAAUGAAGCUAUGCUCCGGCAAAGUGUUGUUAAUCUUCAGGAUCAGCUAUUACAGAAAGAGCAAGAAAAUGCUAAGUUAAAAGAAAAACUUCAGGAAUCACAGAGAGCACCUCAUCCUUUAUCUCAAGAAAGUGAUCCAGACUACUCAGCACAGGUACCUUAUCGCCCAUCCUUAUCAAGCUUAGAAACAUUAAUGGUUUCACAGAAGUCUGAAAUUGAGUAUUUACAGGAGAAACUAAAGAUAGCAAAUGAAAAACUGUCAGAAAACAUAUCUCCCAGCAAGGUUUUCUCAGAAAAGAGCAUCAUGACAAGUGCUGAAGGAAAACAUAAGGAACCACCUGUGAAACGUUCAAGGUCUUUGUCCCCAAAGAGCUCUUUCACAGACUCAGAAGAGCUACGGAAGCUAAGAAAAGCUGAAAGAAAGAUUGAAAACUUAGAGAAGGCACUACAACUAAAGAGCCAAGAAAAUGAUGAGCUAAGAGAUGCCCAUGAAAAACGCAAGGAAAGGCUACAGAUGUUACAGACCAACUACAGAGCAGUAAAAGAGCAAUUAAAACAGUGGGAAGAAGGCGGUGGCAUGACUGAAAUCGGGAAAAUAAAGAGAGCAGAUCCCCAACAACUUCGACAAGAAGAUUGUGAUGCUGUGUGGAAUGAACUGGCAUAUUUCAAAAGGGAAAACCAGGAGCUAAUGAUUCAAAAGAUGAAUCUUGAAGAAGAAUUAGAUGAACUUAAAGUACAUGUAUCUAUUGAUAAGGAAGCAAUACAAGAAUUGAAUAGAUGUGUGGCAGAGAGAAGAGAAGAACAGCUCUUUAGAUCUGGUGAAGAUGCUGAGGUCAAGAGGAGUACUCCAGAGAAGAAUGGAAAAGAAAUGUUGGAGCAGACAUUGCAGAAGGUCAUUGAGUUGGAAAAUCGGCUGAAAUCUUUUGAGAAAAGGUCGAGAAAAUUAAAAGAAGGGAAUAAAAAAUUAAUGAAAGAAAAUGAUUUUCUGAAAUCCCUCUUAAAACAGCAACAAGAAGAUACUGAGACCAGAGAAAAAGAGCUAGAACAGAUAAUAAAGGGGAAUAAAGAUGUAGAAAAAGAAAAUACUGAACUUCAAGUAAAAAUCAGUGAGCUGGAGAGAGAAGUCACUUUCCUGAAGAGACAAGUGGCAGAAGCUAAUGCAUUGAGAAAUGAAAAUGAAGAGCUGAUCAACCCAAUGGAGAAAUCACACCAGUCAGCAGACAAAGCUAAAUCCGAGACAGCUACCACGAACGUGAGAUCUGGACGAUAUGAUUGUAAGACAACUAUGACCAAGGUUAAAUUUAAAGCUGCCAAGAAAAAUUGCUCUGUGGGUCGUCACCACACUGUUCUCAAUCACUCCAUCAAGGUUAUGAGCAAUGUGUUUGAGAACCUCAGCAAGGACGGCUGGGAGGAUGUGAGUGAAAGCAGCAGUGAUUCUGAAGCACAGACCUCUCAAACUUUGGGAACAAUUAUUGUAGAAACAUCCCAGAAAAUAAGUCCUACAGAAGAUGGAAAAGACCAGGAAGAAAGUGAUCCAACAGAAGACAGCCAAACAAAAGGAAAAGAAAUAGUACAGACAUAUUUAAAUAUAGAUGGCAAGACCCCAACGGACUAUUUUCAUGGUAAGAAUGCCAAAAAACCAACUUUUCAAAAGAAGAAUUCUAAGAUGCAAAAGAGUUCACAUACAGCAGUUCCUACUAGAGUCAACAGAGAAAAAUACAAAAAUAUAACUGCCCAGAAAUCAAGUAGCAAUGUUACUUUAUUACGAGAACGGAUUAUAUCCUUGCAACAACAAAACAGUGUACUUCAGAAUGCCAAGAAAACAGCAGAAUUGUCUGUUAAAGAAUAUAAAGAAGUUAAUGAAAAGCUCCUCCAUCAACAGCAAGUAUCUGAUCAACGAUUUCAGACAAGCAGGCAGACAAUAAAGAAGCUAAAUUUGGAUUUGGCUGGGCUUCGGAAAGAAAAAGAAGAUUUACUAAAGAAAUUGGAGUCCUCAUCUGAAAUCACAAGUUUGGCAGAAGAAGUUUCCCAAGUAACAUUUCCGCGGAUACAAGUUACAUCACUUGGUCCUUCAAGGAGCAUGGAUUUGGAAAUGAAGCAAUUACAGUGUAAAUUAAAGAAUGCAACUAAUGAACUCACUAAACAGUCAUCAAAUGUGAAGUCUUUGAAAUUUGAACUCCUAGCAAAAGAAGAACACAUAAAGGAAAUGCAUGAAAAGAUGUCUCGAAUGGAGAGGGAUAUAACUAUGAAAAGACAUUUGAUAGAGGACUUGAAAUUUCGACAGAAAGUAAAUUUGGAAAGUAAUGAGAGUUUUAGUGAAAUGUUACAAAAUCUUGAUAAAAAGGUAAAGACAUUAACUGAAGAAUGUUCCAACAAGAAGAUAUCAAUUGAUUCACUAAAGCAAAGACUUAAUGUUGCUGUAAAAGAAAAGUCACAGUAUGAACAGAUGUAUCAGAAAUCCAAAGAUGAGUUAGAAAAAAAGGAUCUCAAGCUUACUCUCCUAGUAUCAAGAAUAAGUGAGACUGAAUCUGCAAUGGCAGACAUUGAAACAGCAGCAUCUAAGCAGCUUCAAGGAUUAGCAUUGCAAAGUGAACAGGUUCUAGAAAGUGCACAGAAGACAUUGCUGUUAGCCAAUGAAAAAGUGGAAGAGUUCACCAAAUUCGUGAAGGCUUUGGCCAAAGAGUUACAAAAUGAUGUCCACGUGGUAAGGCGACAAAUAAGAGAGCUUAAAAAAAUGAAGAAAAACAAGGACGCCUGUAAAACCUCAACCCAUAAAGCCCAGACCUUGGCAGCUUCUAUCCUGAACAUUUCACGGUCAGAUUUAGAGGAAAUAUUAGACACAGAAGAUGAAGUGGAAAUUGAAAAAACAAAAAUUGAUGCUGAAAAUGACAAGGAAUGGAUGUUGUACAUUCAGAAACUUCUUGAAGGACAGCUUCCUUUUGCCUCAUAUUUACUAGAAGCAGUACUGGAAAAAAUAAAUGAAAAAAAGAAACUAGUUGAAGGAUAUUUCACAAUUAUGAAAGAUAUUAGAUGAUAUUAAAAUGGAGAGCUUUAUACAAAUGUGAAAACUUUUUAUGUGGUGUGAUUGGAAUAUAUGCAUUGCAAUCCUGAUACAGUAUCUGCUCCAACUAUCAAUAGUCAGGUUCAAUACAAAAAUAAGAAGUCUCUGAAAAUAAUUAAUUGCUGAACAAGUGAAACUAAUUAAGUGCAUAGCCAUUUAAAAGGAAAUAGUGUAGCAUUUGAUUGUUGAAUACAAAUAUUGCCACAAAUCAAUGCAAACUUAAAAAUGAUUUUCCUUCUAGUGCAUUAAAAGAAACUGAACAGGCUUGGCACACAAAUUGGUCUGAGCAUAGGAAGAAAAAGUAUCAACUAAGGAUUUAAUGUUUUAAGUUUCAUAAAGAAACUAGAUUUUUUACAUAAAACUGCUACAGAUGGCCACAAGUGGUCCAGGGAGCAACAGAUUUGUAUUACGAGCAAAUAUAAAAUGAAGCAUCAUAACUUGAGCAUUUAUUGAAAUAAAUUGUGUGGUCCAAUUGAAUCUGUUCUCAUUGAUGUGCUGGUUUAUGUAGGAGAUACUGUGUAUUUGUACAACUAUUUGGCAAAAAUAAAAACAUUUUCUUCUCUCUCUUAAAUUCACAAUAGUAUAUGUUGUGUAGUCAUAUAAAUUCACAGGGGACCACAAACCCAGUGUAUAAAAUUAGGCUCUAAUUAACAGAACUACUACUGUGGUCAACUAAUUAAAGUUACAUUCUUAACUAUGAUGUCAUUCUUGCUUAGAUUCCUGAACAUUCCCACCUCAUUUCACCUCUUCACCGUGUUCCUGCCAUACCCUUUUCGGUUCCUCUAAUUCACCAAACUGGUGCCUGCCUCCCACAUUUGCCCUUGGUCUUCUCUCUUUCUAGAAUACUCUGCACUCAACUUUCCUCAUGGCUGGCUCCUUCUCAUCAUUCAGGUCCAGCUUCCCCGGUCCCUCAGAGACACAUUCUCUGACCAGCUUACUAUUUUAUUUCCUCAUAGCACAAAAUUAUCUGUCUGUUCAUGUAUAUGUUUUCUUGUUUAUUUUCUUUUUUCCCCUCUUUAGUAUGUAGGUCCCAUGAGAUUAAAACAAGGGUUGGCAGAUUAUAGCCUGCAGGGCGAAUCUGGCCUACUACCUGUUUUUUAUGGCCCACAAGCUAAGAAUGAUUUUUGCCUUAUUAAAUGGUUUUUAAAAAAUCAAAAGGAGAAUAAUAUUUUGUAGCAUGUGAAAAUUAUAUAAAAUUCAAAUUUUGGUGUCCUUCAAUAAAGUUUUAUUGGAACAC